AUGCAUGUUCAAUUUCAGGUCACUGAGAUCACCUGGGAUUCGCUAUUUUGCUCGGUUAACCCAAAAUUUGUAGCGUUCAUAACAAAAGGUGCUGGUGGUCCGUUUAUGGUGAUACCCAUCAAUAAGGUUGGUCGAAUUGACAAAGACUACCCGUUCGUGGAUGCCCACAAAGGUGCAUGCUUGGAGGUGGCAUGGAGCCCGUUUAACGAUAAUGUAAUCGCUUCCUGCUCCGAGGACACUACAUGCAAAGUUUGGCUGAUUCCGGACAAGGGCCUCACGAGAACUCUCUCCGAACCAGUUGUUGAACUCAAUGGACAUCAAAAACGAGUGAAUACUUUGGCAUGGCAUCCUGUUGCUAACAACCUUUUACUCACUGCUGGUAAGGAUCUUAUACGUUUUUUAUCCCUAUUUUCUAAACAUAUAAUAAGCCUGGAUUAUCCAUGGUUACGUGAUUCAUCACUCAUGAUACCAGGUUGGCAAGUAUAACG